AUGUUUUGCUUACAUUUCAGGGCUCACCAGGGUGUCUCAGCCUCGGUGGUAGUGGCACGCCCCCUAUUAUUGAUUGCCUCGUCAAGCUCGGCGGCACCGUCACCGCUGGCUGACCAAGGUGUCUCAGCCUCGGCAGUAGUGCCACGACCACUAUCUUUGAUUGCCUCGUCAAGCUCGGCGGCACCGUCACCGCUGGCUGACCAGGCUGCCUCAGUCCUGGGUAUAGUGCUACGCCCAGCCCUGACACCGUCUCCCGCUAUAUCGUACGUGGUGCCUUCACCAGCUGUAGAACCAAGCUCCGAGGAGAGCAAGAACGAGGAAAUGGCCGUACCAUUUCUGCCCUGCACAAUUCGCAGUCUUCUAGAGACACCUAUGUAUGAAGUGGAAGAGCUGACUGCUGAGCCUAUCACGCAAUCGAUCUCGGAGUCCGCCGCUGAGCCCGAAGCACGUGUGCCCGCUCCAAUGGCGACGGACCAGCCGUAG